UAGAGGGGAAGGACAGAGCUGAGCAAAAGUGAAUCAUCUCUUUAGUAUGAUAUUAAGAACUCAUUGCACAUCUGGUACCUUCACAUCCUUUAUCAUUUUCUUUGACCUUGGUCUUUCUGUAUCUGAUCUUAUUACUACAAAUGGACUGGGAAAUUAAAAUCUACUUUUUUCUGGUUUCUGUAUUUCAGUCUGUGGUGGCUUUCAACAUUGAAGCAAAUCCAUGGAGGUACUUCACCCAAAACCAGAACACAGCCUUUGGCUACAAAGUGAUACAGAAAGAUCAGUCCAGUGUGAUUGUGAGUGAUCCUUUAUUACAAAAUCAAGAUAAAAGAGGAAACGUAUACCUAUGUAGGACAAACUCAAAAGACUGCUCACCUUUAAAAAUGAAUGUUCCCCCUGAGGCUGUUAAUAUGUCUCUUGGACUUUCAAUGACUAAAGAUCCGGCAUCCUCAAAGAUAUUGGUGUGUGGCCCAACCAUCCCCAAGGCUUGUGAAGUAACUACUACCUACAAUGGCAUGUGCUUUACCAUUGAGGAGAGAAACACUGUCACAGGGCCUAUACCAAGCACUUUAAGAGAGUGCCCACCUCCUGCACAAACAGAUAUUGCUUUUUUGUUGGAUGGUUCAGGGAGUGUACAUCCCACGGACUUUUCUAAAAUGAAGAGUUUUGUUAAAAAGCUGAUCCAAGGCUUACAAACACAAAAUAUUAAGUUUGCUGUUGCAGAGUUUUCUGAUUAUUGUAAAAUACCCAUUACAUUCAAUAACUUCAAUAACAUCAGUGACGUAGAUAAUAUAGAACAACAACGUCAAUGGACCAACACUGCAAAUGCUAUCAAUAAACUUGUGAAUGAGUUAUUUACCAGCAGUGCAGGAGCCAGGCCAAAUGCUAAAAGAGUCUUACUCGUCAUCACUGAUGGUGAAUCCACUGAUCGUUUCUAUCUACAAACAGCUAUUGAAAAUGCAGAAAAGAAAAAAAUUACUCGAUAUGCUAUAGGGGUUGGCAGAGCUUUUCAAAGUCAAUCUGCUCAGAAGGAGUUAAGAAUCAUUGCGUCUCAGCCACACAAUGAGCAUAUAUUCAAGGUUGAUAACUAUGACUUGUUGGACAAAAUUCGUGGAACUUUGGAGGAGCAGAUAAUCGCUAUUGAGGGAACCCAGACAUCAGGAGACUCCAGCAGAAUGGAGUUUGCACAGGAUGGGUUCAAUGCAGCAUUUAAUACAAAUGGAAACAUCAUAAUGAGUAUAGUCGGAGCUUUCCAGUGGAAAGGAGGAUACCAGGAGUAUAAUUCACAUCAAGAAAACAUUUCCUUUCACACAGGCAGUGAACAUGACAGUUAUUUAGGUUACUCUAUGGCAGUAGGAAGAAUGAGGUAUGAUAAAUAUGUUAUUCUGGGAGCUCCAAGACAUGCACACAAGGGAAGGGUGACCAUAUCAUCACUGAACAAAGUGACGCAGUUGCUGCUGGAUCCUCCAGAGCCACAGAUUGGUGCCUACUAUGGAGCUGAAGUGUGUGUGGUAGACUUGAAUGCUGACUCCUACAUGGACCUUCUACUAGUUUCUGCUCCACUGUAUAUGGAAGAGGAUCAGGAAGGAAAAAUCUUUGUUUACUCCUUUUCACAGCAGUCACAAUUACAGGAACAAUCAACACAGACAUUAGAAGGAAUGAUGGGACAAAAAGGAAGGUUUGGCUCUGCAUUAUCCAGCCCAGGAGAUCUAAAUGGGGAUCAUUUUGCAGAUGUAGUGGUAGGUGCUCCACUGGAGGAUGAUGGACAGGGCAGCAUCUACAUUUUUAAUGGAAGAACAGCAGACAUCAACCCCACCUACUCACAGAGAAUCAGUGGUUCAUCUGUGCAUGUAGGUCUACGGUUCUUUGGUUUAUCUUUGAGUGAGUUUGCUCUGGACCACAGUGGAGAUGGUCUGUCAGAUAUUGCUGUUGGAAGCAAAGGAGCAGUCACAUUGCUCAGGUCCAGACCUAUUGUAUCCUUGGUGACCAAAGUAACCUAUAGCCCAUCAAAAAUCCCCACUAAAGACACAGACUGUGAAAAGCCUUUAGAAAACAUCUUGCGUUUGUGUUUCACUAUGAAGGAUAAACACACUUACCCAGAAGACUUAUCUGCAAAUAUUAAAUAUACUUUAAAGCUUGAUGGAAAGCGACAAAACUAUCGAGCAUUCUUUUCAGUCAAAAAUCCUACAGUGUCAGACAGUAUGACUGUUACAUUGGAUGAGGUGUGCAAAGAGCAUAAUUUUUUCAUAGAGGCUUGCAAUGAGGAUGCAUUAAAUCCACUGUCCAAUCAGUUAACGUUAACAUUUGAGGGACUCCCAGUUGGCACAGUGGAAGGGUUACAGCCCAUCCUUCACCCGGGAAUAAAAACCACCUCAGAUCAUAAUCUGGAUUUUGAAAUAAACUGUGGAGAUGAUAAGAUCUGCAUUGACAAUCUCAAAAUGGAUUUCAACUUCUCUGGAUUGUCAGAUAUAAAAGUUGGAAUCAUGCAGGAUAUGAAUGUGACAGUGUUUGUGGAGAACAGAGGAGAAAACUCCUACAACAGUCUCAUAACUGUUAGUUACCCCUUUGGACUGUCCUUCAGGAGAUUCACCACUAAACAGGGAAGAGUGGAAUGCAUAUCUCUGGACAGUGAUGACAAAGGUUCAUUGGGGUCCUCCAUGUGUCAUAUUAGCAAACCCAUCUUCAGGGAGAAUGGUUUGGCCAUUUUUGACAUUACAUAUAACAUAAACAAAGAUGUUAACUUUGAUAAAACGAUGAUGUUCACUGCUACUGCUUCCAGCGGCAAUGACAAACACUCAGAGAACAGCGAACUGUUCAAAAACAGAACCAUUGGUGUCAAAUAUGGCAUCUACAUCUCACUGAUCAGGUAUGAGAAGUCCAGCAUCCACAUUAACUUCACUGCAGGGAAGAACAACCUUGAGAAACCAGUCAGUCAAAUCCUCAAAGUCCAGAAUGACCUAAGGGACUUAACACUCACCAUUUUAAUCAAAGUCCCAAUAACAUUAGGAGAUAAGGACAUUUGGACCACUAAGGAUUUGCAGAUUCAAGAUUGUAUUGUAGACAGAGAUGAGCAACCCACAGUCCCUGAUUUUGUGGCAGCACUAAAAAAUCACCACAAAGUGAACUGUUCUGUGGCUGUGUGCAGACUUUUUAGGUGUAAUGCAAAUCUGAUGGGAAGGGAGUCAAAAUUCUACAACAUCUCUGGACAUGUUAGUUCUGGGUGGAUUGAACAGACUGGACUCCGAUCUGCAGUUUUUGAGCUGGUCAGUACAGCAACUCUGGAAUAUGACAAAAAUAAAUAUGUCUACUUUUCCUCUGAUUCUCUACAUACUGCACCCACAGGCCUGAUUAAUACCCAGGUGGAGGUGUAUGAGGAGAAAAACAUCGUUAAGGAGAUAAUUGGAGGAGCAGUAGCAGGGCUGCUGAUUUUGGCUCUCAUCACUGCUGGCCUCUACAAGGCUGGGUUCUUCAAAAGCCGCUAUAAGCAGAUGUUGGAGGAUGCAGGCUCUGGGGCUGAUGGGACUGAGUAGGAGGUGGAGGCAGCUGGAGAACACUCAGCUGCUGCACUGCUCUUCUUAAAUUCAAACAUGGAAUUAUCAGUCUGUGUUUGGAAGAUUACAGUGGCAGCUGUAAAGUUCACACAUGUCUAAAAUACAUAGCAGACAACUCAAGAUUCCCUCAAGAUUCAUUUCCUUAAAACAGGAAAGCAAGGUUAGUGCACAUAUUAAACAGUGCAGUGAUAUUUCAAAAUUUAACACAAACCUGCAAGUUAGUGCAACUACACUCUUUAUAAAUGUAAGAUCUUAUUGCACUACAGUCUGCAGGUGUUACAUGCAACAUAUGAUGGUAACAAUAUUUAGGAUGAAAAAUUGUUUUGUAUUUGGCUUUUGGCAGUUAUAAAAUAAAGUUAUUCUGAGUUUAAA